GACAACUACCUUCCUCAGCUGCUUCGGAAGCUGAAAUUGCUCGAAUAGCAGCUCAACGUCGACUGGCCGAAAUUGAAGCAGAGCAAGCGAAAUAUGCCAGGAUCAUGGCUCGACUCGAAGAAAAGGCUCGGAAAGAAGCCUUGGCAAAGAGUGCCGCUUCCAGCGGACGCUCAACGCCUAUGGUCCCGGAAUCUGUGGGUUCUGACAUUGCGAGUCCUGCGUUGUUGACCCCUUCUGCUUCCCACGAGGACCAUCCGCGGAGAGUUCUUUCCUCCGCAGAUGGUGUAGAGCGAUAUCCUUCUGCUGUCAUCGACGAGGAUGUCCAGAUGAAGGACGAUUCGUUGACCGAUGCUUUGAAUCACCAGUCGGGUGACAGGGGGAACGUACAACAUGAUGAAAUAAACCGUUUGACUGUCGUAAUCGAAGCUAACCAGGGGCCUGAGAGCGAGUCGGGAGAGAAGGGUGUCAUGGAGUUUUUGGAUACGAGCACGGUUGAUCAGACCACAGAGCAUGGAGAACAGCAAAAACCUGAGCACACGUACAGGUUCUUCAAGCCAUUUGUUUCGAUUUUCGACGAAUACCCCCUCCUCCGUUCUCACGAUCCACCCGCCCUUCCCCCGACUGAUAUCCAGGCAAACCACGACAUAUCCUCAAGCAGAGUCAUGCAGUUUGGGCUGCUCAAGAAGGAAGCCAUCUCGAAGGCGUCAAAUCUCAACCCAUCUGCACGAUUAUGUCAGUUUGAGACCAAUGGAGGACGAUGCCGUGAUGACGCAUGUCCUGACGUCCAUGCAAAGGAUUGGCGCGUUUCUGAAUCCGCGCUGGCUGGUCACCUGGCAUCAUUAUACCCCUCGGUGCCCCUGCACCGGUUUGAGCAGACUGUCGGUAAACUCCGUCUAGACGAUCCUUUUGCUCCGAUCUCAACUGUGGCAAAACUGACUUUGACAGCCCACCAUCUAACAUGAUCCUUGAGACCGAGAGGCCCAUCACCUGUUCCGUCGGCUGUCCACGAGGGUUGACAAUUUCACCAACACGCGACCACGCGAAACCGGCGCUGAACUCUGUACAUUACUGCCACUGAUACCGUCC